AUGGAUAGGCAAUCAGUGUACUCUCUGAGUGUUUUGCCCCCCGAGUACGACAAUGAAGAUACUCGCGGCCAAGUCCAGGUACAGCUCGAGCAAUUUAUCCUGCAGUUCCGCCUUGAAAAUGUCUUUAUUUACAGAGACCAAAUCCGCGAGAAUGUCCUUCUGAAGCAAUAUUACUGCGAUGUUGACGUUGGGCAUCUUAUCUCCUUCAACGAAGAACUUGCACACAGACUCGUCACGGAGCCCGCUGAGAUUAUCCCACUUUUUGAGAGCGCAUUAAAGAAAUGUACCCAUCGCAUUGUGUACCCCUCUGACAAAGACGUCGUCAUCCCUGAGCACCAACUACUCCUCCAUUCUUCAGCUGGCGAUAUCUCAAUCCGAAAUCUCGACGCACUCACAAUCUCAAGGCUCGUUCGAGUACCCGGAAUCGUAAUUGGCGCUUCUGUCUUAUCCUCAAAAGCUACGGCACUCCACAUCCAAUGCCGAAAUUGUCAUCAAACGAAGACUCUGCCCGUCGCUGGUGGCUUUGCCGGUGUCUCUCUCCCAAGACUAUGCGAUAGGCAAACAAUGCCUGGAGAGGAUCGUUGUCCUAUGGAUCCAUAUGUUGUUGUACACGAGAGUAGUCAGUUUGUCGACCAACAGAUUAUCAAGCUUCAGGAGGCUCCAGAUCAAGUCCCCGUAGGAGAGUUGCCAAGACAUGUGCUCAUUUCUACAGAUCGAUACCUUACAAAUCGAGUUGUUCCGGGAUCGAGAUGCACAAUCACCGGGAUUUUCUCGAUCUAUCAAAAUAAACAGUCGAAGGGCUCUUCCACUACAUCAGCGGUGGCUAUCAGAACUCCGUACCUACGAGCAGUUGGAAUCCACAGCGAUGUAGACCACACCGCGAAAGGAAAUGCGAUAUUCUCAGAAGAGGAGGAACAAGAGUUUUUGGAGAUGAGCAGGCGACCUGACCUUUACACUGUCUUUGCGAGCUGUAUAGCACCUUCCAUCUAUGGAAAUGUGGAUAUUAAGAAAGCCAUUGCUUGUCUACUUCUCGGUGGAUCGAAGAAGAUUCUGCCAGAUGGUAUGAAGCUCCGUGGAGAUAUCAACGUCCUUCUGCUUGGUGACCCUGGUACGGCAAAAUCUCAAUUGCUAAAAUUCGUCGAGAAAGUUGCUCCAAUUGCUAUAUACACGUCUGGAAAAGGAUCCUCUGCAGCUGGUCUGACGGCUUCCGUUCAGCGUGACCACACAACACGGGAAUUCUACCUCGAAGGAGGAGCCAUGGUUUUGGCCGAUGGAGGAGUGGUCUGUAUUGACGAGUUCGAUAAGAUGCGAGACGAAGACAGAGUCGCCAUCCACGAAGCUAUGGAGCAACAGACGAUUUCUAUUGCUAAAGCUGGUAUCACUACGAUUCUGAAUGCCCGUACUUCUGUUCUCGCAGCAGCCAACCCCAUAUUUGGACGUUACGAUGAUCUAAAGACACCAGGAGAGAAUAUAGAUUUCCAGACGACCAUUCUUUCCAGAUUCGACAUGAUCUUCAUCGUCAAGGAUGAUCACGAUCGGAACAGAGACGAGACCAUUGCCAAACAUGUGAUGAAUAUUCACAAAGGAGGUCACGGUGCUGAAGAACAAGCAGAGUCUGAAAUUCCUGUAGACAAGAUGAAGCGAUACAUCAGUUACUGCAAAUCCCGCUGCGCUCCCCGUCUCGCGCCUGAAGCCGCCGAAAAACUUUCCUCCCACUUCGUCUCCAUCCGCAAACAAGUCCACACUGCCGAGCUCGAAGCUAACGCCCGCUCCUCAAUCCCCAUCACAGUCCGUCAACUGGAAGCCAUAAUCCGUAUCACCGAAUCUCUUGCCAAGCUCUCCCUCUCCCCCAUCGCCACAGAGCAGCACGUCGACGAAGCCAUCCGCCUCUUCCUCGCAUCAACCAUGGACGCUGUUACUAUGGGUAGCGGGCAAGGUAGCAAAGAACUUAACGACGAAGUUAAUAAAUUGGAAGAUGAGUUGAAAAGGAGACUGCCUAUUGGAUGGUCCACGAGUUUGGCGACGCUGAAGAGGGAGAUUUGUGAGGGCAAGGGGUACAGUGAACAAGCUUUGGCUAGAGCGAUUACGGUGUUGCAGAGGAGGGAUACGAUUACGAUUCGGAACCAGGGAGCGCAGAUUUAUCGCAGUGGUGCUUGA